CUGAAAAUGGAGACUUUAAGCUUUCUGAUUAGCUGGCGAUUAAAAGGGGUGUGAUUUAUUUUUUCUCAUAAUCUUUUAUGCUGGUAAGAGUUAUGCAAAUACAUUUUUCCACCGCUGGCGGGCGAUGGUGAAUUUGCUACGAGGAGACGAGCUAAGGUAAAAUAAUAAUUUGUCGAAAUAAAAGAAGAUUCAAUAUUUUGAUGCUGCGAUAUAGCAACUAUAUGAAAUGUGGUUUUGUUGUGGAUAAUUUAAUUCCGUCGCGUUUCUUUUCAAAAAUAUAUAUUUUAAUAGCCACGCUGGCUAGCUUAUUCCGAGUGCAGCUAAAGCAAGAAAACGCGACAUAUUCAUUUGUUGUUGCUCCAAACUUAACUUAUUUCUCUAUAUUUCAGAUUAAACUCGCUGAAUUUAGGGGGAAAAUGGACUUUUGCCCUGAAUCUCUGCAUUAUGAGCUUUUAGCGGAGGUCGGUGAAGGCUCCUUCGGGAAGGUUUACAAAGCCAGAGAGGUUGGGGAGAAACAGCGCCUCCUGGCGGUGAAGAAGCUCAACUUUCGCUGGGAGUCUGAGGAGGCCGGAAUCCCUCCCUUCAUGAUCCGAGAGGUGGCGCUGCUGCGCAAAAUGGGCUACUUCAACCAUCCAAACAUUGUCAAGCUCUUAGAUGCAUCUGCUGUUUCUAUUGGCUCAGCCCUGGACCUCACUCUGGUGCUGGAAUACAUCGAUCAGGACCUGUCCACUUUUCUGUCGAAGGCUCCUGCUUGUGGUUUGGGCCGUGACUUGAUAAAGGAUGUGAUGCAGCAGCUGCUGCAAGGACUGGACUUCCUGCACACAAACCUCGUCCUGCAUCGAGACUUAAAGCCGGAGAACAUCCUGGUCAGCAGCCGAAGAGAGAUCAAGAUCGCAGACUUUGGACUCGCACGAAUUCACACCUAUAAUAUCGCUCUUACACCCGGUGUCGUGACCUUGUGGUAUCGAGCUCCAGAGGUGCUGCUGAACUCUGUUUACAUGUCCUCAGUGGACAUGUGGAGCGCUGGCUGCAUCUUUGCUGAGCUUUUCCUCUUGAGGCCGUUGUUUAAGGGCUACACAGAGGUGCAGCAGCUGCAAAAGAUCUUUGAGGUGAUCGGUUUGCCCAGUGAGGGCGACUGGCCUCAGGAAAGCCCUAUCUUGUACUCUGAGAGCCUGGGGCCGAGGGGCUCCUGCACCAACCUGCUGCCCAACCUGGACCAAGAUGAGAACGACCUGCUCUCUCACUGUCUGUUGUUCAGUCCGAGCCGUCGCAUCUCCGCCGCCAAGGCCCUGACUCAUCCUUUCUUUGUGAAGCACGGAAGAUUCCCGCCGAACGACGAGCCAAAGCUGCUGCGAUUCUGUGAUCAGGAAUAGCCAACGGCGAAAUCAGCAUUGUGUCAUAAAAUCCACCGUCCUGUUCGCUUAGAGCUUUGAAAUCUGUAAUUGGCAGCAUCAUGAGAAACUCUGGUUGCAUUGGAGGCGGGGAACUGCCUGAACAAAUCAGCUUGACUCAGACCGUGGAACUUAUGUCACAAAACGUUUAGGAAAGCGAGACUUAUUUUUUGAUACUUUUCUCAAACUCGGUACCCUUUUUUCUAAACCUUGUAGAUGUUCGUGUAAACGAAAGGAACAGAAGUUUUUCAGUUAGGUUGUGCCGUGUUCUGAUUAAAUGUCGAGUUUCUGUGUUAAGUGUUAACGUUUGACAUAUGGAGUCUGUUUGGUUGUAUGCUGCUAAAGAAACAAUAUGAACACCUUUAAGUUUAUGAGUAUCUCUUUACUGGAGAUUUUUUGUUUUUGCACCUUUAAGUUUACGAGUAUCUCUUUACUGGAGAUUUUUUUUUUGCAAUGCAGCACUUUAUAGAUGUGAUUCAUUUUAUUUUUGAGAAGACAUAUAUGGUGUAAUGGAUGCAGUUUGCACCUGUUUUUACGUUUGUAUUAACAUAUUGUGAAAAGUAGAUUUUUUCCCUCUUUUUAAGUUACGUUGUUCAUUUGUGGAACAUUUCUAUGAAUAAUUGUUCUGCCUGUUAUUUUAGAAGCAACACAAUUUAUUUUCUGUUACCUGCUCAUUUUGUUUUAUCAAGAUGUAAUUUCAUUUAAAGACAGAAGAGGGCGCUCUUGUAGCAUUUUUGGUUUGUUUACAACAAGAUGAUUUGCUUCAA